AUGUUUGAUUUGAGAACAGUACUUCCAAACUUCUAUUGUCAACACAUGCCUUCUUACAAUAAGCAACACCAAAUCCCAGUUGUUUUUAUGUCAUUUGAAUUAAUACAUUCAAUGUUUCUUGAUCAAACAGCAAAAAUAUGUGAUAUUGUUAAACCACCAACAAACCAAUUGACAUAUGAAAAAGUUACAGAACAAAUAGAAAUAUUAAAAUAUAAUUUUAAAGAAGAAAGAGAAAGAACUUUAUGGGGAGAUAUUCAUCUAUGUGAAAUAAAAAAUUUAUUAUUAAGUCUUCGAUGGAGACUAUUUUUAAAGUGUUUACCAGAAGAUAGUUCAUUAUGGACAUCUGUUAUAAAUGAAGAAAGAAAAAAAUAUGAAGAGCUUUGUAUUAAAUAUUCAAAUGAACUUAUUUAUUUAAGUAAUUCUAACCCAUUAGAAUCAUAUUCAAAUGAAGCAAAUCUUAUUGCACCAGAUCCAAAUGAAAGUAUUGGUAUUGACACAGAGAAAGUAAAAGUAUCAUGGGAUAUUAAAAAAGAUAUUAGAAGAACUAAAUUAGAAAAGAAAUUUCAAACGUGUGAAAAUAGACAAAUGUUACAUCGUAUUUUAUUUCUUUUUGCUAUUAAACAUCCUGAACUUAAUUAUACACAAGGAAUGAAUGAAUUAAUUGCUGUAAUUUUUAAUGUAACUAUUAUAGAUUAUUCAAAGAUAUCAAAAUUACUUGAACAACAAAAAAAUUCACAGACAAAUACACUUUUAAGACAACUAUUCUCUCCUCAAUACCUUGAACAUGAUGUUUAUUGUCUUUUUGAGCAUUUAAUGGAUAUUGUAAAUAUAUGGUAUGAAAGUACUGAAAACAGUUCUAACACAAUACUAUUUCGUUGUGAACAAAUAGCAGAAAUAUUAAGAGUUAAAGAUCCACAUAUUUAUCAAAUGUUUUCUACUCUUGGUGUUGAACCACAACUAUUUUUAUUAAGGUGGGUUAGAAUUCUUUUUUGUCAAAUGUUUAAUACUAAUGAAUUAUAUUAUAUUUGGGAUAUCUUAUUUGCCCAUAAUAAUCCAUUAUCUCUUUUAAAUUAUCUUUGUGUUGUAUUAAUGUUAUUACCAAGAAGUAAAAUUUGUAGUGGUGAUGGAGUAAAUGUUUUUAAUAUCUUUUUUAAUUAUCCCAAUGAUUUCUCUAUUUAUUUCAUUACUCAUUGUGCUAUUAUUACUGAAAAAGAAAAAGGUCGUCCUCUUUUUGAAGUUCUUUUCCCUAUUCAAACCCUCAAAAAAGACAAAAGGAAAACAAAAUCUCCUUCUUUACAGCAAAUUCAAAAAGAAUUAACUUUUAACACAUCUAAUACUCUUGACACUGACUCAAUGUAUAUGCAAUUAGUGUUUAUUGAAGAUUCUUUAGAAAAAGCUAUGGAAUCUCUUCCUUCUUCUUCAAAGGAAAGACAAUUAGUUUCUCAAGGAUUAAAAGAAGUUAUUAAAAUGAAAAUAGAUGUGAAGUUAGCACAAACUUUCCCUAAAAGAAGGGAUUAUUAA